AUGUCCAUCGAGGAGCCAACGGAAGUGAUUAAUUUGGAACCCUCCGCCAUAAUCGGAUUCGACGGUCAUGUCGUGUGCGGUUUGCGCGUCCAUCCUGAUCAGCGCCAUUUGGUGUUUCCGCUGGGCAAUGAAAUCUCCAUCUACGAGCUCGCUACCAACAAGCAAACUUUUCUGCGCGGCCACACGAACACUAUCUCCACGCUGGAUAUCUCCACCAGCGGGCGUAUGGUUGCUUCCGGGCAGUCAAACCACAUGGGUUUCCGGGCGUACGUGAUUGUGUGGGAUUGGGAGAGUCGCAAGGAGAUCUCGCGCUACGAACUACACCGGGUGCGUGUUCAAUCGCUCUGCUUCUCAUCAAAUGACCAGUUCCUGGUAAGUCUGGGCGGAAAGGACUGCGGUUCGAUCAUCGUGUGGGACAUCGAACAGCGUAGCGCCAUCUGUGGCACGAUCGCGACGAAGGAAACGACCGGCGACGCGACGAAGGUGUGCAGUCUGAACAAGCGCUUCACGACGUUCGUUUCCGGUGGGGAUCAAAAUUUGCGCGUAUGGAACAUUGACCGUGAGCGGAAACGGCUGACUGUGCAGGACGUUGCGGUUGGCAAACUACGCCGGGAGUUCACCGGAAUGCGCAUCUCGCCGAACGACGACACGCUCUACGUGGGCACGAUGAGUGGGGACAUCGUGAAGAUCAACCUGAACUGCAACCCAAAUCCAAGUGUGCCGUCGCAAGAUAAAAUGCCAGUGUUGCUUGGAUGCUUCGGUAAGCACAACGCACGUAAACCACCCGGCAAGGACUGCGAGAAGUAUCACUACGGUGUGCGCGAUUUGCUACUGCUGCCCGACGGAAAACUCAUCAUUGGCGCCGGCGACGGAACGAUCGAUCUGGUGCAGGAACGGAAUGCAAAUUUCAAAACUUACCGUGGACCAACAUGGCCAGAGCUUAAAUCGUUGCAUUCUACAAAAAUCGAUGGUGUCGUCACAUCUCUGCAGAUUGUCCAUGGGAAAACUCUGCUCAUUGGAACAAAUGGAUGUGAAAUCUACUCGUUGGAGUUGGCGAAUUUUUCAUCGAGUCUUAGAUUACUUAAGACAUGUCACACGAAUGCCGUCUACGACAUAGCUUUUCCUUACAACUUUUCGCUAGUCUUUGCCACAGCGAGUCACGAAUCGAUCCGCAUAUGGUCCACUUCGAAAAUGCAGGAACUGUUACGGAUCGUCGUGCCCAACUUUGCCUCCUCGUCGAUCGUUUUUAGUCGCGAUGGAAAAAGUAUCAUCUCGGCGUGGAACGAUGGAGUGAUCCGCGCGUUCACCCCGCUGACCGGGAAGCUUAUCUAUGCCAUCCCGAACGCCCACAACAAGGGCUGCUCGUCAGUGGCGGUCACGAGCAACGGGAAGAUCGUAGUAAGUGGUGGUAUUGAAGGUCAGGUGCGCGUGUGGAAAAUCGAUCCGUACGUGCAGAGUUUGAUCGGUGUGCUAAAGGAACACUACGGUCCGAUCGAGUCCGUCCACAUCAACAACUACGACACGGAGGUAGUGUCCGCCUCGCGGGACGGAUCGUGUGUGAUAUGGGAUUUGAUUCGGCUCACCCGCAAGCACGUGAUCUUUGCGCACACACAAUUCAUCGCGGCCCAGUACUUCCCAACCGGGGUGCAGAUUCUUACGGCCGGUUCGGAUAAGCUAAUCGGUUACUGGGAAGCGUACGAUGGAAGCCUCGUGCGCGAAGUCGAAGGAUCCAAAUCCGGGCCGAUCAAUGCGAUUGACAUGAACAUGAUGGGUGAGUAUUUUGUUUCGGCGGGUACGGACCAGAUUGUGCGACUGUGGAGCUACCAGCUGGGUGUGGAGGUUGCGGUGGGCAUUGGGCAUGCCAGUGCCAUCACGUCGGCCCGGUACAGCCCCAAUGGAAAAUUCCUCGUAACCGGUUCGAGUGAUGGAGGCAUUUUUGUCUGGAAGGUUCCGGAGAAAUUCCACAUUAAAAUACCUGAUGAAGACACACCACGCACCAACGACAGGAACUCUGCCUCGUCUACGAAAACAACGGCAAAGCUGGCGCACAACAGUUCCUCUCAAACUGGUGGCUCGCGAGAUGGUUCGCGCAAAACGACUCCCCUGUCGUCGGGAGCACGUGUGGCCCCUACCAGCAGGAGUCGCAAUGCCAACGAAAACGUUCGCCUACUGGAAUCGAGUCGCUCUAAUCGUUCCAGUCAAAUAGCCGAGUGCCCGGCCGUGGACCCUAACGCCCAGCCGACGAUCGAUCCUUGCGUGGACACGGCCUCACUUGCCGAUGAUCAGGAACAGUGGGAAACCCGUUCGCAGCAUUCGUCGGUGAGUCAGAUCCAGCUUUCGCAAGAAAAGGAACAGGGACGUAACUAA